AUGCAAGAAAAGCAAGACGGUCAGGCCGAUGUGUUGACUCAAUUUAUGACUGAAACGAGAUCAUCAAUUCGGAGCUUGGAAACUCAGAUUGGACAGUUGGCUACGCUUAUGGCAAACCGAGCUCAAGGGAACUUGCCAAGCACUACUGAGGUGAAUCCAAAGGGGAAUCCUAACGAACAGUGUCAGGCGAUUACUUUGAGGAGUGGAAUAGUGUAUGAGGGAACAAAUGUGGAAAAGAGCAUCGAGCAGAAGCAAGAUCAACAGGCACCCAAUGAAGAGGACAAGAAGACUUGUGAAGAGAAGGUUAAAGAGAUUCCGCCAGCAAGAGAAGUGGUACCUCCGGUGUCUAUAGAUCAUCACAGAAAAAUUCCAUAUCCACAGAGACUCCAAAAGAACCGUCUUGACAAGCAGUUUGCAAAGUUCUUAGAGGUAUUCAAGAGGCUGCAUAUCAACAUACCCUUCGCAGAAGCAUUAGAGCAGAUGCCCAGUUACGUUAAAUUUAUGAAAGAUAUUUUAUCAAAGAAGAGAAAGAUGGAGGAUUACGAAACUGUGGCAUUGACCGAAGAGUGCAGUGCUAUUUUGCAAAGGAAGCUUCCACAGAAGUUGAGAGAUCCUGGAAGUUUCACAAUCCCAUGCACAAUUGGUAACUUUGAGUGUAAACAUGCACUAUGUGAUUUGGGAGCCAGCAUAAAUCUCAUGCCUCUAUCAGUAUUCAAAAGACUUGGUUUGGGUGAGGCAAAGCCAACAACUGUUACACUACAGUUGGCCGAUAGAUCACUGGCUCAUCCGAGGGGGAUUAUUGAAGAUGUGCUAGUGAAGGUCGACAAAUUCAUUUUCCCUGCAUAUUUUAUUGUGCUGGACAUGGAGGAGGAUGCAAAUGUCCCAAUUAUUCUUGGGCGACCGUUCCUAGCAACAGGACAAGCUCUAAUAGAUGUGCAAAAGGGAGAGCUGAAACUCAGAGUUGAGGGGGAUGAGGUAGUAUUCAGUGUCUUCAAGGCAAUGACGUAUCUGAUGGCUGGUGACAGUUGCUACAGUGUGGAUGUGAUAGAUAAAGCAGUUUUGAAAAGAAGGGUCAGUAGUGAUGCUUUAGAGGCAGUGUUGACUGGUGGGGAGGAAGAUGAAGAUGAUGAAGAGAUGAAAGAAUAUGUAAAGUGGAUUAACUCUUACCACCCGUAUUUAAAGAAAUUUGAAGAGUUGGCAGAGGCCACCGAUCGUCCAUUAACAUCCAUUCAGCAGCCACCGAAAUUGGAAUUAAAGGCUCUUCCUGAGAAUUUGUGUUAUGCGUACUUAGGGGAGAACGAGACCUUGCCAGUAAUUGUUUCAGCUGAUCUCUCAAAAACUGAAUUGGAGAAAUUGUUGAGGAUAUUAGAGGAAUAA